ACCGCUGACCGGCCGGGGCCGCGCGCGGCAGAAUGAAGUGGAAUGAAGAAUGCCACAGUGAUGAGAUCUAACUGUGUCUUGCUGCUGGUGCGCCGUUCCUGUUUUGCCUGUUAGCAGCGUGCGCGUAGUGUUUCUAGUUUCGUCCAUCGUAGCAAUAACUGUUCAGGUGCUUGUGCUUACACGUCUACCGAAACACAAACGAAACGAAAAAAAUACGAAGAAAUACUCAAGACGUCCGCAUCGCAAAGUGCAAAUGUUUUCGGCGCGGUCGGGUCGAUGGAUUUCUGAAUAGUUUAGGAUAUUAUCACCGGUGUGUAACCGAACGACGAUGAUUAGAAGAAGAUCGGCGGCAGUGCCAUCUCGGAAAGCGGGCGCUGCUUUGUUGGUGGUGAUGUUGGUGUUUGUGAACUCGGUGGCGUGCGUGGAUGAGAAAAACAAUCAGACUAUGGCAAUUAAUGCAACUUCAAGUGUGGAUAGUAUUUUAAAAAAUGACACAAAUCAACCGUACAUUCAAGAAAUCACAACUACCAUUGCACCAAUUUUACCCAUAAUAGUUCCUACGGUUCCUACUACCACAAAUGCCAGUGAUGCCUCGACGAGUCGACCAAAGGAAGCAAAAAGUCGGGCGCUCGAAUUUGAUCCCAACGACCAAGGCAAUAAUCUUAGCAAUAAAACGAUGGAUUUGAGCAAUGUAAGCUUGGAUGAUGACGAUGAAAAUGAUGAAACACCGAUGAUCAGUGCGAAGAUUUUAUCGGUAAAGCCGACGUUGAGAGUGCAGAAUCAUACUACGACUGGUCAAUGUGAAAAAGGUGGUUUAACAUACGACAAUGGUGAAAAACUCGAAGUGGAUUGUGAUCUGGUGUGCACAUGCGAAAAUGGUACCAUGGAUUGUGUGGAUAGAUGUUCGGGACCUUACAUUCGGAAAGGAAAGAAAAUUAGUGACCCAUUUUGUAGGGAAGCACCUAGUGAUGAUCAAUGUUGCUCCGUUUUGCAAUGCACAUCAGACACAGAAACUGAACCUUUAGAAAUCUGUCACUAUCAAAACAAAACAUAUAACAGGGGUGAUGUUAUCAAGGAAGGUUGUAAUGAAAUUUGUUCCUGUGAGGCUUCUGGAAAACUAAGUUGCAAACCAAGAUGUAACCCAAUAACGAAAACCUCAGAUAAAUGCCUGGAAAUUCCGGAUAAGAAUGACCCAUGCUGCAAAACAGUUAUUUGUGAUGUCACUUUAAAGGAUAACAAGCUUACUUCAGCUAAAUAUAUAAAUGCCACCACUAUUAAGUUAGAAUUUGAUUCAAAGUUGGAACCAAAUCAAACAUUACCACUUAUUGAUGUGAGUGAUGACAAAAAUACAUGGAAAACUUAUACUCCUCUGAGUGGUGGUUAUUUAUCUCAACUUGAAACGACAUUUAAAUACGCAAAAAUUGAAAACACCGAUGAUUUUGUUGAAAUCCAAGGCAUGGCAGAUGAUUUAAGAAAGAACGAAAGUGCUUCUGAUCUGCAGACGAAACCACAACACUGUUUGUACAAAGGAGUUGAAUACAGACUUGGUCAAGAAUUCAACGACGCAUGCGAGUCGUUCUGCGUAUGUCGAGAAGCAGGCGUCAAGUGUUUGAAAAUGGAAUGUCCAACGUAUUUUGGCACGGAUGUAUUGGAUCCAAAUUGCAUUGAAUGGGAAACGGUACCGGCAAAUUUCACACCUACACCUCCGGUGUGUUGCCCGGAAAGAUUGCAUUGCAAAAACAACGGUUCGUGCGAGUACGAGGGUGGCAUGUACCAGAAUUGGCAGCAAGUACCGACAAACGUGACCGGUUGUGAAAAACGCUGCUAUUGCGAGAUGGGCAACGUAGAAUGCCAAAACAUUUGCCCACCCGUGACGGAAACGCCUCCAUCUAAUCUUGAGUGUCCGGCUCAUCAAGCUGUAUUAAAUCAUUUGCCCGGCGAUGAUUGCUGUAUGUACUGGAUGUGUAAUGAAAAGGAAAAUACAAGUACGCAACCACCGCGUGUGGAAGAAGUAGAACCAGGCCAUAGUAACAAGUCAAAUGACGUUCAAUUACCGUUCCCCUUCCGCCCGACCAAAGCACCUUCAAAAACAUCAGGCCCCUUGUUAAUUUACGAAAAUGUUAAUCACACUCUCGGUAAUCCUAAAUUGCAACCCGACGAAAACCAUUACUUACAUAAUCCGCAUAGAGAUGAGCCCAAACAUAAAAAAACAGUAGAUACUCAUACAGAAACAACACCUAGACCUGUACCAUCAGAACCUUUUGAAAACGAAGCCGAUGACGCAUAUUUAGGUCCAUUUAAUCCAACAUUUAAGAAACCGUCAAAACCGCCUAAGUCUAAACCGCGACCAAAUUUUGUUACGCCAUCCCCGCAAAAUCAUAAUAACAAUAACGAUAAUUAUAUUCCGGAGUAUAAUGAUCACGAUGACAAACAUGAUCAGGACGAUAAUCAGGAACAACCUCUCGGUAUUCAUAUUCACGGUAAAGGCAAUCCGGAAGAAUUGUUACACAUUAUUAAUCAACACCCUGAAUUGGCGGAAUAUCCACCUGGCUCUGUGCUUGAAAUUCAUAAUGUGCCACCAAGGCCUCAACAGAGACCAACUCAAUACAAUGUAAACUCUCCACCAAAUAAAAACGGUCCACCUGGUUUACCGCCAGGUAUCUCCUUAGAACAAAUCUUGCAAGAAAUUCAUAAAAACGGCCCUAAUGGACUGGUCCCUUACCCUAACAAUCCAUCCCAUCCCGGACAGAUUUACGUACAGGCUCCUCCGCAUUUACAAAGACCCCAAACAAACGGACGUCCACAGCAAAUCAUUCCAGGUUUACAACAUCCAGGCAUGAUUCCUGGAAAUUUCCCGAAUGUGCCAGGUUACCAACAACCGACUAGUGAUAUCACCGUCAAUUCUGUGGAAGCAAUCGAUGCACAUACUGUACGUUUAUCAUUUGCUGUUCCUCCGAUAAUUGUGGGUCUGCAUGGACGUGUCGAAGUUCGUUAUACAGAUACCGAUGAUGAUAAUUUAAACACGUGGAAAUUGCAAGUAUUUGCCACCACAAAUGAUUUGAUCGGAACGCAGGCUUUGGAAUUUGAUCUCGUUGGGCUACGCGCCGACACCGACUACAGAAUCAAGAUAACAAUAACGCUGCGGGAUUUACAUAACAUGCCCACCAGCCGGAUAUACAAAAUUCGCACUCUAAAGGAAAUCCCCAGCAGCACGAUGCCAGCCAUGAUUCCUAUCGAGCCGGAACUCGUCAUCACCGAGGUGAAUGCGACGUGGGUGAGUGUCGCUUGGAGAAAGUUUGCCGAAAACGAAAUGCAGUACAUCGACGGAGUGCAGCUUCGGUUCAAAGAGAUCGAUGGCAAGAUAUACGCUGCCACGCCACUGAUUCAUCGCGCCGUUACCAACUACACGCUGGAGAAUUUGAAACCGAACACCAAAUACGAAAUCGGUAUCUUUUUCAUUCCGUUCGCCGGCCAGCAUACCGAACUGCAUGCUGAGCACAUGCUCCAUUUCACCACAGCAAACGAAAUCGAUACGUAUGGCUUCAAUGUAACACUGGAGAUUGCGCUGAUUAAAGCCACAAAUGUCGAGAUAUCAUGGUCUGGCGUGCCCUAUCCAGAAGACAAAUACGUCAACAUUUAUAGAGCAAUCUAUCAAAGCGAUUCGGGCAAAGGGGAUUCGAGUACUUUUAAAGUAGCUAAACGCGACUCACCAUCGAAAACCUCCAUCAACGAUUUAAAGCCUGGCACACGGUAUCGUCUUUGGCUGGAGAUUUAUUUAACAAAUGGAAAGAUAAAGACGAGUAAUGUGCAAGAUUUUAUCACCAAACCGAGAUCCGCACCUAAUCUGGGCGCUUCUUCCAAACAAGAUAAAUUAUCCGGCAAUUUGCCCGACGAAAAAUCCGACUAUUAUGGUCCACUAGUCAUUGUAGCGAUAUUAGCAGCGAUAGCCAUUCUGAGCACGCUGGUGCUCCUCUUGAUUUUGGUGCGACGCCAUGGUCAGAAUAAGGCGUGCAUCACGCCACCGACGCGAGUCAGUCAAUCGGCGUACGACAAUCCGACGUACAAAGUGGAGAUCCAGCAAGAAACGAUGGAUUUAUGAGAGACUAUUAAGUAAAUAGAGCAGUGCAUGGUAAUGUAUGUUGUAAAUAUUUAUACUUAACUAUGACGUAAGAAGAAAGUGUAAGUUUUAACUAAUUUUAAUGAAGAACUCUAUAUAUAAACACUCAUGUAAGAAUAACAUUAGAAUUAUGUAAAAUAUUCUUUCUAAAAUCAGCGGAUACAUAAAUUAGAAGAGGUUAACCUUAAUGCGCAAUAUUUAUUCAAAUAAAAGUAUAAAUUAAGUCCCAAAA